CGAAUUUGUUGGAAAAGAAAAGAAAUUCACGACGCGUAAUGCGAGUAUUCGGCAGUUACGAAACAGAAAGCGAUCGACUACGGCGAAUACUUACAUUCUUCCAGAACUGUUUUGUAUUCACGAAGCUUUGACUAUCAGCCUUAUAAACGUGGGGCCGCAUAUAAAGACGAAAGACGGACUUGUGCUAAGGACAGUUACAUUUUUUUUCGUCGUGGAUAUAGCAGCUCAUAAAACUGGUAGUUAUGAAGAUAAUCUUCUUGAUCCUUUUCAUCGGAGUGGCAGCUACAACAGAAUUGGCUCGCUACAUGCCUAGAGGAUGGCGUCCAAGUGGGAGACACUUCAAUCCCGGUCACAGUCAGCCACACGCAUACUAUCGACCGGUUGGUCCAUCGAAUGCGAUCACUUAUCCAGCAGCAUUUCCACCUCCGGGUAGUACGACGCCAACAACAGCUAGUACAUCGUCAAUGAUACCAAGUACUACUACUCCUACUACUUCUACUAUUACCAUUACUACAACCGAGAGAAAUAUAGAACCAACGACUCAACCAAAUCUAUCUGAUGAAAGUUUCGACACGAAUCCGGCCCUUGCCAUCGCCAAUUCCUUCGCCUUCAACAGACCUGUCUACGUUUAUAAUACCUUCCCGUUCCUCCCAGGACACGUUUUAGUCAAGUAACCUGACCAGGACCGAAGAAUAUCCAAGAGAACUUGUGGAAUAAUCCCGACCCACCUCUUCUCUAUCGUGUUCGUUCAUGUAUGUAUAUAUGUAUAUAUGUAUGUAUGUAUGUAUGUAUGUAUGUAUAUAUGUAUAUAUAUAUACAUUACGACAUUAAUACUGUAUUAUAUGUACCACCGAUAUAUUCUCUCGACUUUGUCUAUGUAAUAUUUGUUUUAGUAAAUACAUGUGCACAUCAUCAACAUUUUCGACCACAAAUGUUUGGAAACUUCGUGUUUGUAAUUCAAUAUGUAGAAUCUAUUGUAUUAUAUUGCGCUCUUAUCCAAUCGAUACAUUUACUACUUUUAUAUUAUAUUUCUUUUAGUAUACAUGAGUAAAUUAUUUCAAUUGUAAAUCUUUUAUAUAUUUAUAUAUAUAUAUAUAUAUAUAUAUAUAUAUAUAUAUAUAAAAGAUUGAUAUACAGAUCAAU